AUGCCUGUAAUGAAAGGCCUCCUCGCUCCACAAAACACCUUCAUGGACAGCAUUGCAGAUCACUUCGAUGGUACUCAUAGCAACUUUCUUCUGGGAAAUGCCUUGGGUCACUAUGGCUACCCGAUUGUCUACUGCUCUGAUGGCUUCUGCGAGCUGACCGGCUUUGUUCGCACUGAGGUGAUGCAGAAGAACUGCGCCUGCAGGUUUCUGCACGGUGCUGAGACGAGCAGAACCGUGAUGCACGAGGUACAAAAAGCUCUGGAGGGCCAGCAGGAGUACCAGGGGGACGUUUGCUUUUAUCGGAAAGAUGGAAAUCAUUUUUGGUGUCUCCUGGAUAUUGUCCCAAUUAAAAAUGAAAAAGGUGAAGUGGUGCUGUUCCUGUUAUCGUUCAAAGAUGUCAGCGAAUCGCACGGGAAAAGCCAUCACUACGCUCAAGGAGAUGAAGCUCCCAGUGAAAGCAGAACAAGCAAUCAAUCAAACUUUUCCCAAGCUGGAAAGAGGGGGCGGGCUUUCCUGCAGAACCUGAACAACCUGUUCGCCAUGAGGGGCAAGAGGAAACUGACAAACAGCAUGUUCCAGAAACCUUCCCCGCCUGAGUACAAGGUAGCAGCCGUACAGAAGUCCCGCUUCAUCCUGCUGCACUACAGCAUCUCCAAGGCCUUGUGGGACUGGCUGAUUCUACUGGCGACUUUCUACGUAGCCGUCACCGUGCCUUUCAACGUCUGUUUUGUCAGCAGUUAUGAGAGCAGCGAUCGGCCCUCACUCGUCAGCCGCAGCACGACAGGCAGUGACAUCGCCGUGGAGAUGCUCUUCAUGCUCGAUAUCAUCCUGAACUUCCGCACCACUUACGUGAGUCGCUCGGGUCAGGUGGUGUACGACGCCCGGUCCAUCUGCCUACAUUACUGCACCACCUGGUUCUUUGUGGAUCUCAUCGCGGCGUUGCCAUUUGACCUCCUCUAUGCUUUCAACAUCACAGUGACAUCCCUGGUGCACCUGCUGAAGACGGUCCGCCUGCUGCGUCUGCUGCGGCUGCUGCAGAAACUGGACCGGUACUCCCAGUACAGCGCUGUGGUCCUCACCCUGCUCAUGUCUGCGUUCGCCCUGCUGGCUCACUGGAUGGCUUGCAUCUGGUACGUCAUCGGGCGCCAGGAGAUAGAGAGCAGCGACCCCGUCACCUGGGACAUAGGCUGGCUGCAGGAGUUAGGGAAGCGUCUGGAGAUGCCGUACAUCAACAGCACCUUCGGUGGUCCCUCCAUGCCCAGUGCCUACAUCGCCUCUCUGUACUUCACCCUCAGCAGCCUCACCAGCGUUGGUUUUGGCAACGUGUGUGCCAACACAGACGCCGAGAAAAUCUUCUCCAUCUGUAUUAUGCUCAUCGGUGCUCUCAUGCAUGCGGUGGUCUUUGGCAACGUGACAGCCAUCAUCCAGCGGAUGUAUUCGCGGCGUUCACUCUACCACACCCGCAUGAAGGACCUGAAGGACUUCAUCCGCGUGCAUCGGCUUUCUCAGCAGCUGAAGCAGAGGAUGCUGGAGUACUUUCAGGCCACCUGGUCAGUCAACAAUGGCCUUAAUGCCAAUGAGCUGCUGCAUGACUUCCCAGAUGAACUGCGAGCGGACAUCGCCAUGCAUCUAAACAAAGACAUCCUGCAGCUGCCUGUGUUUGAGAGAGCCAGCAGAGGAUGCCUGCGUUCCCUAUCCCUGCACAUCAAGACUUCUUUCUGUGCACCGGGGGAAUACCUCAUCCGCCAGGGAGAUGCCCUUCAGGCUAAUUAUUUUGUCUGUUCUGGUUCGCUGGAAGUUUUGAAAGAUGGUAUGGUCCUUGCCAUCCUGGGCAAAGGCGACCUUAUAGGAGCUGACCUACCAGAUCAUGAUCAAGUGAUCAAGACAAAUGCUGAUGUGAAGGCGCUGACCUACUGUGACUUACAAUACAUCAGUGUCAAGGCUUUGAGGGAAGUCCUUGGGCUGUACCCAGAGUACGGCAGUCGAUUCGGCUCUGACAUCCACUACAACCUCACCUACAACUUGAGAGAGGGCAGUGAGGCUAAUGGAGUGAGACAGUUUCCAUGGACACCAAGGCCGUCUCAGAGUCACAUUUCUAUGGAUCAUAAACUACCGUACAUCAUUGAGGCGAAUGAUGCAGUGCAAGAGGACAACAUGAAAUACUCCCAGCAGGGGCGAGUUCCUCUGCUGCAAGGCUUUGGCAGCCCCGUCCAUCAGCCCUGCCUCCACACCUCAGGGGAGGAGCUCCAGCGCAUCAAAGCACUCAACCUCUGUCGAUCACCUGCUCAGGGAAGCAGAGGUCGCAGCCCUUCUCCUCAGCCUUUUGUCGGUGAAGAGCCCUCUCCCGCUCAUGUGCUCGGCCUCAACGAUCACUCAGGCUUUAAUCGCCGGCCUGCCAAUUUACUCCUCCCCUCCUUGCCUUGUGUCAGUCCCCUAAACCUGAGCCCCAGAGUCGUGGAUGGAAUAGAGGACAACGGUCGCACGUUUCAGUUCAAUGUAGAGCAACAUGAAACAAAGACUCUUAUGCCAGACCCGCUGCAGGUAAGCGCAAACCUGCUUCUGGAGACAGAGGAAGUUAAUGAGAACAUCAGCAAACUAAACAAAGAGGUGAACAACUUGAACGACGAAGUGUCUAACUUGGCUAAUGAGCUCCAUGACUUAAUGCAUUUCCUUCGGUCUCAUUUGACCACGCUCCACCAUGCUGCACCUCCUGUGGCAGCUUCCAACAACUGGCCCCCUCAUGCCCCUUUAAAUACGUCCAGUGAACUGCACCUCCACCACGAAACUGCAAGCUACCCUGCUAGAAAUGCAUGGGCCUGCAGUGGAAUCCCAUCCCACUCCAGGAGUCCAACCUUACAGCACGCAUCAACUUCCAUGUCAACCUGUUUACAUCUGUGCUGCUCUGAUAGAGAAAUAACCACAAAUUGCAGGCUCCAGAGCCAAUAUGGCCCCUUUCAACCACCAAGAGAAUCUCCAGGCUCCCCUUACAUGACCCACCCUCAUGCCCUGGGAGGUCAACCUCUCCUGGGCAUCGGUUCAGCCUUCAGUGGCUUCCCUGUGGUUUGCCAAGCCUCACAGGUUGCCUACAAUGCACCGAUUCCCACAAAAAACAUCUCUCACCAAUUAUGUUCCACUUUAAAUUGUGGUCACUGUCAUCCUCCAUUCAGUGUUCCAACCAACUCUGAUGUCACACAAACUGUGCUAAACUCCCAAAUACCAAUUCACUCCGCUAUUCCUUCAACUGGUAAACUACAAUUUCACUCAGCUCUCAACUCCCAGACUCCUGCGGGAAUCCUCAGCUCAGUGUCCACGGGACAGAAGCAGGGACAGCAGAGUUCCACCAAUGUCCCCAGACAAAAUGACCCGGUAGGAUCCAGCUCAGUUUUCCAUCCACAGGACCAUUCCCCACUGGAACAAGUCUCAAACCAAAGCUGCAGAGGUUCACUCUACCAAGAGAGGAUAGACAAUACCGAAUACCAUGGUAUGAGUGACAGCAUUCUAGAUACACAAGAAUGA